UCUAAAAUAUCACUUGAAAACUUAAUUCAAGUUUUAUUCACGCCAGGCAUACUUCUGUUUGAUGCAAUGUAUGAAACUUUUGAUUCUGAAGCUUUACUUCUUUGGAAACCAGUUUUAUGAUGCAUACAAAGUGGAACAACUCGUUGCCAUAUGUGCAUGCAUGAUAGAUAUCUAUAGAACCUCGAGUACCACAAGCUUACCUCCCUCCUUUUGGAACUCCUUGUGUGUGCGGUGCUUGUUUAACCCUUCCAGCAGUACGAGGUCUCUGUUUUAUAGUAUGAUCAACCUUAUUCAAGAUUAUAGUCCACUAAUAUCCCUUGCUUCCUUGCAUGAAAGUUUUAUAAACAACGGAGAACAUCCGGGCUCGUUCCCUCUUGAUUGCCAGUACGCUUCAGAAGAUAUUGAGCUGAAGUUAAAGGAAAUAGUUUGCGUAAAGAAGCAUGAAAAGAAGUGGAAGGCCUGCCCCUUAAGUGUCUGGCGAGGCUCCCCUAUUGGCGUGUUGCCCCCUACCCUCCGGAAAAAAACCAAUAGGAAGGAAGGAAUAAAUGAAAGCGUUCCAGCGAAAACUGUGAAAGUUUUGCAGGUAGAAGACCAGUAUAAAACCAAGCGGAUCAAAUACCUUCGGCAAUGCGAUUUGGUCGUGGAACUUUCUAAUUCUAUUCUUUUAUUCUAA